GGCGUAAAGUGAUUGAAGAGGUUUCAUAUUUCCUCUUCUGGACAAAAGCUGUUAUCUAAGGAUGCGCAUUUCGAUGAUUUGCGUUUAUGAUCUUUGAACUAGCACGUGGGAAAUUGUUUUUAAAACGCCUUUUCAUCGAGUAACACUACCAUUUCUGAUUUUCUUCCGAAAAUGCAACUUCUACUUCUUUCGGUUCUGCUGGGAUUUUGUGGUUUGUCCACUGGUGUACCUGUUCAGCAAAAAGAAGCAUGGGGUUAUGUGAAUGUGAGAAAAGAUGCUUACAUGUUUUGGUGGCUUUAUUAUACUAAUCAAACUGAAGAUUACACAAGCUAUCCAUUAGUAAUAUGGCUUCAGGGAGGACCUGGUUCAUCAUCAACGGGUUAUGGAAAUUUUAUGGAGAUUGGACCCUUAGAUGUUUAUCUGAAUCCUAGAAAUAAUACAUGGCUUAAGAAAGCCAAUUUGCUGUUUAUUGACAAUCCUGUUGGAACUGGUUUCAGUUAUGUGACAAACAAAUCUGCUCUGGCUCGAAACAACAAGCAGAUAGCUCAGGAUUUAACUGUUACUCUAUAUUCCAUACUUGAUACUGUUCCAGAAUUUCAGAAAACUCCAUUAUAUAUAUUUAGUGAAUCUUAUGGUGGAAAAAUGACUGUGGAUUUUGCUCUAGCAUUAAUACAAGCUAUCAAGAGUAAAAACAUCACAUGCAAUUUCAAAGGCAUAGCACUAGGAGAUUCUUGGAUAUCACCUUUAGAUUCUGUUUAUUCAUGGGCCAAUUAUCUUUACAUUAAUUCUCUUCUAGAUAAAAAUGAGCUGAUUUCAGUAAAUGAUUUUGCAUAUAAAAUCAAAGUAUCUCUGAUGAAAAAGCAAUAUAAACAAGCCACAGAGCAGUUUUCAGAAAUGCAGAAUCUCAUUGGAAAUUACACUAAUGAUGUUGACUGGUACAACAUCUUGAAAGAUGAAGGUCCUCUUAAAAACUGCUCCACCAACAAAUUUGCUAAAACUAGUCCUAUGUAUGGAAUGUUUAGAAGACUUGUUGAUCCUUUUAAUGGUGAUACUCUUUAUGAUCUGAUGAAUGGUAAAAUUAGACAGAAACUGCAUGACAUACCAAAAAAUGUUACUUGGGGAGGUCAGGCAUCUGAUGUUUUUGAAGCUUUAUCUGAAGACUUUAUGAAGGAUGUUAUAUCAUCUGUUGACACUCUUCUGGCAAAUGAAAGUUACAUAGAUGUAAAUAUCUAUACUGGGCAGCUGGAUCUUAUAGUUGACACUGCUGGUACUCUUAACUGGAUUGAAAAAUUAAGAUGGGGUGGUCUGAAAGGAUUUUUAACUUCAUCCAAGAAACCUAUAGUAUUUCCUGAAAAUCGCACUGGAGGUUUUGUAAAAUCAUUUAAACAAUUAAGAUUGUUUUGGAUUUUGAAGGCUGGACACAUGGUGCCUGCUGAUGCUCCUGAAACAGCACUUCUUAUGCUAGAUACAAUAAUCAAUAAGAAAAAAUAAACAGAAUUGUUGAAAGUGUAUACUGCUUUAAAGAUUUUGCUUUAUUUGAGCUUAGAAAGUAGAUUAAAGCUGGAAACUAAAGUAUUUAAGAUUUAUAAUAUGUAUACUUAACUCGUGUGUGUACUUAACUGUUUUGCAAAAUAUUUUUGUAAUUCCACUGUGUUGUUGAUGUAUUUUUGGAAUAUAGAAAAAGUUGAAGUGUUUAUAUAUUUCCUGUUUUGUUUGUCUAUUCACCUUCCAUUUGUAAUUAUUGUAUUCUGUCAUUAUAUAAAAUAUUUUUAUUUAUUUA